GAGCGCCGCCUCUGCAGAGGACGCGCACAGCCCUCAUUCUGCAGGUCUGACUUCUACCAAAAUGAGCAGCCUGGAUGAGGGCAACAAUCUUUCUGUCGCUAACACCCGCGACCUCGCCACUCCUGACCAUGACCCGGGAUAUCCCGACAUAAACCAGUGCCAGAGCGAGGCAACAGAGGCGACCCAGGGGAUGGCGCACACAGGUGAGCGCAAUUUGGAGUCCUCUGCGGAGGGAGGCGCGUCCCAGGCCCCCUCGGCCUGCGGCCCGGUGCUCCGCAUUCGAGUGGCUGGGAGUCGUGGCCGUGCAGCAACUACCGCAGGCCAGAAAGACGCUCCGCCUCCCACGGAGGGCCUGGAAGCAGCCUCCGUCUCCCCCUCGGGGGCAUCCGACAAUAGCCAGGAAAAUGGCUGUCAGCGUAGAGAGUCGAGCGGCCCUGCUGGGGAGAAAGCUCUAGAAGCCUGUGGCGCAGAGGGGCUGGGGUCUCAGAUGAUGCCUGGGGCGAAGGCCAAGGAGGUGAUGACAAAGAAGUGCGCCAUUUCAGGGACGGCGGAAAAGGAGGGAACAGCAGAGGAGGUGGCGGAGGAAAAGAAGGGGAUCCAGAAGGAGAAAAAGGUGAUGGGAGGAGUGAAAGAGGAGACGCGGGCCAGGGCCCCGAAGAGCAAUAACUGCAUGGACUCUCUGGAGGCCAUCGAUCAGGAGCUGUCAAAUGUAAAUGCCCAGGCAGACAGGGCCUUCCUUCAGCUAGAGCGCAAGUUUGGCCGGAUGCGAAGGCUCCACAUGCAGCGCAGAAGUUUCAUUAUCCAGAAUAUCCCAGGUUUCUGGGUCACUGCCUUCCGGAACCACCCUCAGCUGUCACCUAUGAUCAGUGGACAAGAUGAAGACAUGAUGAGGUACAUGAUCAAUUUGGAGGUGGAGGAGCUUACACACCCCAGGGCAGGCUGCAAAUUCAAGUUCAUCUUUCAGAGCAAUCCCUACUUCCGAAAUGAAGGGCUAGUCAAGGAAUAUGAGCGCAGAUCCUCUGGCCGUGUGGUGUCUCUUGCCACUCCAAUUCGCUGGCACCGGGGCCAAGAUCCCCAGUCUCAUAUCCACAGGAACCGAGAAGGAAACACUAUCCCCAGUUUCUUCAACUGGUUCUCCGACCACAGCCUCCUAGAAUUCGACAGGAUUGCUGAGAUUAUCAAAGCAGAACUCUGGCCUAAUCCCCUACAGUAUUACUUGAUGGGUGAAGGGCCCCACCGAGGAAUUCGGGAUGCAGCAAGGCAGCCGGUGGAGAGCCCGAGGUCCUUCAGGUUCCAGUCUGGCUAACUCCCGACCUGUGAAAAUCUCCUGCACUAGUUUCCUUACCACCUCCUCUUGGAUUCUAUGCUUAGCCAACAGCAUGAAGUCUUCCAUCUGCUUUCUCUUCACACUGGAUUAUUUUGUUCUUUGAUUCUUCUAAAUCUUCAGUCAGUUGCAAGAUUGUCGCUUCUGUGUCUAUGCUCUUCUUCCUUUGGGCCUUCAUGCUGUUCUGCAAAGUGUUGCGUUCCAAGUGCAUGGCUUUUCACUGCUGCUGUGCCACGCACAUGAUGCCGUAGAUAUGCACUGACUCCCUUUGCAUGCCUUGGGCCCUGUCUGUGACGAUGGUCUUUUCCCAGGUUUUUAAGCGGUUAUCUACCACAAACAAACUUGAUGUAUAUCUUGCAAAUAACUAGCAGGGCUUCACACUUAAAACUGGCUGUGCUCCUGAUACCUUGUGCUCUAUGGCAAGAUCUUUUAUUUUCUCCACUGGAAGAUGAAGCUGAUCUGGAUGAUGCCAGCCAUCAACCCUAAACUGAACAUUCCAGGCUACCACCAGCUGCCUUCUUGGGCCUAUGCCAUUUAGCCUGCUGGUUAUUUGCCAGAAUAAGAAGGUGGCUGGUGAGUGGCUUCUAGGCCUGAAUGAGAUAACAGAUGAGAGGUACACAGUGUCAUGUUGAUCUUCUUAUGCCUUUGGUCACUGCGUUGUGACCAGGUACUGGUGAGUGUGAAAGCCUGUGCUGUGGGCCACCCAAACCUGUUACCAGUCUUUUGGCUGAGCCUUGGCUGGAUACCACUGCCUGCCUCCUCAGGAACUAUCUGUGGGCUUAAGCACCCAGGCAGCAAACCACGCCCCCGCCUCCCCAAAGUUACCUGAAAAACCCAGUUGGCUGUCAGGAAGACUGGGCAGGCUAUGUGACAGUCCCCAAAGCAAGGCUGGAACGGAGGUCCCAAAAGCCUUUCGGAGUCCUAGCCAAUAAUUCACCCUUAAUCUAGACAGCUGUGUUAAACAUCCUCUCCCUAACUCUUCCUGUAUCUGUUCUGAAGGUGACAAAGUUGCCAGGGUGCAGGCACCUAGGAAGAUGUAUUUCCAUCUCCCUGUCCCUGUCCCUCUUCUCCCCUCCCUCUGAAGCAGUUACAGUUCAGAAACAAAACUGGCAGAGCAGCUUUUUGGUGUAAUUUGCCCUCCCCUUCAUUGUGUCCAGAGGGAGAACGCUACUGUGUAAUAGAUUACCCAGGCCUCAUUGCCUUCUUCUUCUCAUGCCUCCACCCCACAUCCUUUAGCAAGGUCUAAAUGUUUCAGAGGAAGACCUCUGGGUAAAUUAAUCAUGGGUAGUGUUCUUUUAGGCCAACUUUUGACAACCCUACCCUUUCCUCCUAUCCAUUUACCAAAACUGUGUUUUGUGAGCUUUGGUUUAAGAAGCUCGAAGCCAGAAGGGUCGGCUUUACAGUGAUCGGUUCGAGAGAGAAUCACAGCAGGUUGUGAUCUAAAGCGACCAAAAGUUAGACUCUACUUCUCUAAAGA